AUGAAGACAAUUUCCAAGCUCCAGCCCUUCUUCUUCUUCUUGCAUUUUCUCUUCAUCUCUCACACCUAUGAGAUCGAACUUGCAAUUGUCAACAUGUGCGACUACAGCGUCUGGCCCGGCACACUCGGCAGUGCAGGCAAUAUUUCUCCAAAGGACGGUGGAUUUCAUCUGGGCGUCGGUGAAGAGGUAGUCAUUAACGUUCCUAAUGGUUGGUCUGGAAGAAUAUGGGGAAGACAAGGUUGCUUCUUCGAUGAACAAGGUCAAGGAUUCUGCCAAACUGGUGACUGUGGUGGAAGGCUUUAUUGCAAAGGAAAUGGAGGAAUGCCACCGGCCACAUUGGUUGAAAUGACCUUCGGAAUUCCUCAGUAUCAACUCCAUUACUAUGAUGUUAGCUUGGUAGAUGGUUUCAAUCUUCCUGUAACAAUGGCGCCAGUUGGUACUGGGGUGGGAUGUGGGGUUGCAGGGUGCAAGGUAAAUUUGAAUGCUUGUUGUCCUUCUAGAUUUGAAGUAAAGUUUGGAGGAAAGAUCGUUGGCUGCAAGAGCGCUUGCUUGGCUCUACAGACAGAUAAGUAUUGUUGCACAGGGGAGUAUAGUUCACCAGGUACUUGCAAGCCUACUCUUUUCUCCUAUAUCUUCAAGUCGUUAUGUCCAGGAGCUUAUAGCUUUGCAUAUGAUGAUUCUUCCAGUUUGAACAGGUGUAGGGCCUCUCGUUAUGUAAUUACAUUUUGUCCUAAAACAUAAGGGGUGCUUCUAGUGUUGCUAUAGUUUUGCUUUAAUUUUCUUUUU